UGUCGUGCUAUCCAAAUGGGUAAGCCCCGUGGUAUUCGCACGGCGCGCAAGCACGUGAACCAUCGCAGAGAGCAGCGAUGGGCCGACAAAGAUUACAAGAAAGCACACAUGGGUACGAGAUGGAAGGCCAAUCCCUUCGGUGGCGCAUCUCACGCUAAGGGCAUCGUCCUGGAAAAAGUUGGUGUGGAAGCCAAGCAGCCUAACUCUGCCAUCCGGAAGUGUGUCCGUGUCCAACUCAUCAAGAAUGGAAAGAAGGUGACAGCUUUCGUGCCCCGGGACGGUUGUCUCAAUCACAUUGAAGAGAACGAUGAAGUGUUGGUGGCGGGAUUCGGUCGUAAAGGUCACGCCGUUGGUGACAUUCCCGGAGUCAGAUUUAAGGUGGUGAAGGUAGCCAAUGUGUCACUUCUAGCCCUGUACAAAGAGAAGAAAGAGCGGCCACGGUCAUAGACAACCACUGUGAUAUGGGUCGACCUGAGAACAUGUUGUUUAUAAGUGAACUUCAAAAAAUGUAAAAUCAAGUGCAUAAUAAAGAUUAUGUGCGCCAA